AUGGUGUCCUACGUCGCGGACCUUUGCGCCAGAAUCGAGUUCUUCCAGAAAUGGAUUGACGAAGGCAUUCCUGAAGCAUUCUGGUUGUCAGGCUUCUACUUUACUCAGUCCUUUCUGACGGGCCAGCUGCAAAACUAUGCCCGGACUCUGAAGCUGCCCAUCGACACGUUGAUCUGGAACUUCAAGGUGCUGAAGCAUUCGGCAGAGCUCAGUCGACCGGCUUCGGGCUGCUUGGCCUACGGCAUCUUCGUGGACGGCGCGCGUUGGGAUGACGACGACAGCGUGAUAGCGGAGAGCCUUCCGAAGGUGUUGUUCAGUGGACUACCGACCAUUCACCUCACACCAUGUGAGACGUCGAAGGACCCUACAGACCGCCGGAUGGUCUAUCCUUCGCCACUUUACAAAACGUCAGGCCGCAAAGGUACGCUAACCACCACCGGCCACAGCACGAACUUUGUGAUGACGCUCCUUCUUCCGAUAACGAAGCAGCACACAGAGAAGUACUGGGCAAAGCGUGGCGUUGCCUGUCUCCUGCAGCUGGACGACUGA